AUGGCCUUGAUGGACGUAGGCAGUCAGCCUGUCUAUCGGUCUCGUGGAUACCAGCUGGAGAUGCUGGAGGCUAGCCAAAAAGAAAAUAUCAUUGUCGCGAUGGAUACUGGAAGUGGAAAAACACACAUCGCUAUUCUUCGCAUCAUCGCUGAGCUCGAGAAGUGCUCUCCUGAGAAGUUGAUCUGGUUUCUGGCUCCGACAGUGGCCCUGUGCAUCCAGCAACAUGAAACCAUCAGGAGCCAAAUCUCCACUGUGAAGACAAAGAUAUUGACUGGAAUGGAUAAUGUGGAUCGCUGGACAGAUCAGAGCAUUUGGGAUGCAGUGCUUAAAGACGUUCGGGUGGUUGUAUCCACCCAUGCUGUCCUCGCGGACGCUCUGGGCCAUGGCUUCGUUCAGAUGUCUCGACUGGCGUUGCUUGUAUUCGAUGAAGCUCAUCAUUGCAGGGGACGUCACCCUGCAAAUAGAAUCAUGCAGAACCAUUACCACCCUGCUGUACUGAGGUCAGGUCGUGGAUUUGUACCGCGAAUCCUGGGCCUCACUGCCAGUCCAGUGGUGCAGUCCAAGAAGAAUGAGCUCGAAGCGAUCGAAGCCAACCUGGAUGCAGUAUGCAAAACACCGCGACAGCAUCGCGGUGAACUUUUACAGAACACACAUCGUCCACAUUUAGAACGCAUAAAUUACGCACCAUUUGACAAGCAACAUUACUUGAUUGGAAGCCAGCUGCUUCAACCCUUGAUCAAGUGCUGUGGCUCCUACAACAUAGAGGGGGAUCCAUGGAUCGACUCAUUACGACAAAGCGACAAGACUGAACAACUUCAGCAUGCCCUCGCAAGUGGCCAGACCUAUUGCAGUGAGCAGCUACGGCGAUUUCUGGAGCGCAGCUGCCACAUAAACGAGGAGCUUGGAGGCUGGGCCACGGACUUUUACAUCAAAACCUCGAUUGAUGAACUCCAGAGAUCGAUCCAGGAGACGCGUGAUGUGUCUCAUUUGGACCAAAUGGAAAAAAAGUACCUUUUAGAAUUGCUGCUUACAAUACCGAAGCACAAUGCUGACCGAGAGAUCCAACAUGUCUCGUUCAAACUUCAGACAUUGAUCAACUUUCUCGACAAAAUGGCCAAGCCCGAGUUCUCCGGACUGAUAUUCGUGAAGAGAAGGGUGACAGUGAGUGUUCUGAUCCGCAUAUUGUCAAUGCACCCAAAAAUCAAGCACGCCUUCAACUGUGGCGCAUUUGUCGGCUGGUCCGGAAAUCAUGCUCGGAAAGAUUCUCUCGGUGACCUGCUCCACCGAGAUCUGCAACGAGACACUCUUGAAGAGUUUAAAGCUGGCAGAAAGAACUUGAUAAUUGCUACAGAUGUUCUCGAAGAGGGAAUCGACGUCAGCGCUUGUAGUCUUGUCAUAUGUUAUGAUAAACCGGCCAACCUCAAGUCCUUUGUACAGCGGCGCGGGCGCGCCAGACACAAGGAAUCAAAGUUUGCUGUGAUGGUCUCGACCGAGGACGAGUCGCUGGAUCUUCCUAAAUGGCAAGAAUUGGAAGAAUUGAUGAUAAAGGCGUACCAGGACGAAGAGCGUCGCCACAAGGAGGCAUGUGAGCUGGAGGCUCCCGAGGAGCAUGUUUCAGAGAUCCUUUGGGUAGAGAAAACCAAGUAUGAGAUCGCCAGCCCCUUGUUGAUACCUACUAACCAUCUAAGUGCGGUUUUGACUGCGGACGACGCAGUGCAGCACCUGCAUCAUUUCUGUGAUGUGUUACCCGUUGAUGAACACGUUGACAAUCGGCCGAUGUUUUCUUUCGAAGAAGAAAGCACGGGAUUGAUUCGUGGUGUUGUCACCUUACCGAAUUCUGUUCACCCAUCCGUUCGGCGGACGAGGAGUGAAGCUGCAUGGCGCACUGAACGGGCAGCCAGGAAAGAAGCGGCAUUCCAGGCUUACAAGUCUUUGUAUGCGUAUGGGUUGGUCAAUGAUAAUUUGUUGCCUCUGACAAGGAAGCCUGAGCUGAGGUUCACUGAGGGAGCGGCGAUUCCAUCAAUCGUUGAUGGGAUGGAGCAGUAUGACCCUUAUAUCGAUCUUGCCAGGGAAUGGAGCUCAGGUCUCCUUUAUCAGACUCGCCUGAGGAUAUCCAACCAGGGUGUUGUCGAUGAGGAUUGGAAUAUCUGUCUGGUACUACCGAAACUCAUCCCAUUGCCAGAUCCAAUCACCCUCUACAUGGAUCUGGAAACCACCUUGUCUCUAUCCUUUGAUUCGAUGACACCAGUUCCGGACACAACUCCAGAGAGACUGGAGCAGAUGAGACAAAUGACAUUCAUGUAUCUCCAGGCCCCUAGCACCCGACCGCGGAGCGAAGAGCGGGACUACGUGACUCUCUUCGUGCCCGAAAUACCACACGGCAGCUUUGGGGAAUGGCUUGAAAAGUACGGUGGAAAGGAACCGAUGCUCGAGACGCACGCUAGAGAGCCAAAUCUGGCUCCCCCGGGCAUCAUCCGCGAUCAGUCCACGUACAGCGAACCUCGAAUAUUCAAUAAGUGGAUUGUCCCCGAUGCAGUGUCGAAGUCGUCGCCUAUUUCGGUGGAAUGUCGUUCUCUGCCAAGACGGCGAAAUUUGCUCCAGACACGUACUGAGAAGGCAACUAAGCAAGAGGAAGCUGAAGUGUCCAAGAAGACAUACAUUGUGGCAGCCGCAUCAUGCCAGGUGGACAAACUUCCCGUCAAGCAAGCCAUGUUUGGCGUUGUGAUCUCCGCCAUCCUUGACAGACUAGAGGCUUCGUUGGUGGCCUAUCGCUUGAAUGACACUGUUCUAAAAGGAGUUGGUAUUCAGAAUAUUUACCAUGUCAUCACUGCCAUUACUACGCCCAUUGCGCAGGCGAGCGUCAACUAUCAGAGAUACGAAUUCUUUGGUGACUCCGUCCUGAAGUUCACAGUGAGCUGCCAGCUCUUCUUCCGCAAUUCCAAAUGGCACGAGGGGUACCUUUCAGAAAGCCGAGACAAGCUCAUUCAGAACAGUCACCUUGCUCGCGCUGCUCUGGACACUGGCAUCGACGCCUUUAUUCUGACAAAUCGUUUUACCCCCCGGAAGUGGGCUCCGCCUUUGAUUCACAAAAGAUUGAACCCCAAAGACACAAAGAGGCCCCUCUCAAGCAAAGUGCUAGCAGAUGUGGUCGAGUCCCUCAUUGGUGCGGCGUACGUCGAUGGCGGAAUUCGCAAAGCGCAGGCUUGCCUGCAUCGCUUCUUACCAGAGAUCAACAUGUUCACGAGUGAAAUAUCACCAGAGAUCGUGCCAAGUUCAAAGGGCGUGAGCAAUCUUAUCGAUCAGCACAGAUUAGCCGGUCUCCUCGGGUAUACAUUCAAGGACCCAGCCCUCUUGACAGAGGCGCUAACUCAUGCUUCUUGCGAGCACGACAUGACAACUCAGUCGUACCAGCGUCUGGAAUUCCUCGGCGAUGCUGUUCUGGAUAUGGUAGUAAUGGCCAUCAUAGCUGCACACCCCGCAGAAAUGGACCAAGGCAGCAUGACCCUUCUCAAGCACUCUGUCGUGAAUGCCAAUCUUCUAGCCUUCUUGUGCAUGGAUCUCAGCGCACCAGAUGACUCAAUGGACAUCGAAGUGACAGGCAACCAAGUCACCGAUAUCCCACGCUAUGACCGUAUUCACCUUUGGCGAUUCCUCCGCUCCCAUGGCACGAACGUGAUGGCAGCGCGCGAAUCAUGCCUAGAGCGACACUUGAGUCUUCGCGAAGAAAUCCACGACGCAUUGAGCCACGCAAAACAAUACCCGUGGGAACUCUUCACCCGGCUGCGUGCUGACAAGUUCUUCUCCGAUAUCAUCGAGAGCACCCUGGGAGCCAUAUUCAUCGAUUGCGGCGGGGACCUGGACAAUUGCCAUAAGUUUGUCGAGCGCAUCGGCCUGGUGCGAUAUGUGAAGCGGGUCAUCGCGGACGGCGUGAAUGUCGUUCACCCGCGGAACAUCGCGCAAAACAUCGUGAAGGGCACUGGCACUUUGGUCUUCAAGCGCAAGAGGGUCGAGUCUAAAAAGGGGGCCACCUACCGAUGCUCGGCGGUAGUGAACAAAACCGAGAUUGCGCUGGUCGAGGGGUGCGCCUCGGCUGAGGAGGCUGAAGUGAAGGUUGCUAAUGUUGCCAUCCAGCGCCUGGGGGAGAACCCGGAGAUACUACAGAAAUGA